CUCGGACCAUAACCUCAGCCUCGUUCCGAACCAGAGCUCCCUUCUCACAGUUCGUUGAAAAUUUCACUCUUUUUUCAUUUUUCGAUCACUUUAUCGUCCUCUCUCUCUGCAACUCUUCGUCUUCUCUCUCCUUCCCAUUUCAUAUCCGGGUCUUCUUCCCAUUUCAUUCGCUUAUUCAAAGCAGAGGGCAUCGCGGAAAUGGAGGUUGAAGUGGGUAUAUCAUUGAAUCUUUGAUAGCGGCUUGUCUUAUCAUCUAACUAAAGCUUGCCCCCUUCGUCUACAAACCCUAAUUUCUCCUAUCCGUCGCCAUUUUGUGGGGAGACCCAAUUAUUUCUUUGAAGACUUUAAUCGUCGACAUACCUAAAGAGUAGCAGAGCUAAGUCAUAAGUUGGGGUAAUCUGGUAGCUUGGGACUUUUCUAAAGACAUGUGUCUUUGUAUGUAAUAAUUUAGUAAAUUGUACUAGAUUGGAGGGUACACUUCUGUGAAGAACGUUGAUGCAAAAGUAUCUACCUAAUUCAGUUUGCAAGUGUUAAUAGUCAACACAUAUUUGUUUCCAAGUUUCUAUGACUGGGAACGAAGUUGGAGAUAGGGCUCACAACUUCUUUGCACAGGAUGCAUCCCCAGGUCAACAACCCUCUCGUGCUGUGGAUGGUAGUUGGACAAUGUUUGGUAACAAUAUGUGGCCUGAAAACCAGAGACAUGGAGUUCCAAUCCCCAAUUCAAAAAAUUAUAAUGUUGGACAAUCAGAUAAUAGUAGAGGAGCUAGCAGCCAUAUGUUGCCAGAAGCACAUGGAUUGAACUUUACGCAAUCAGAUUUUAGACCAGAGCUUGUUAGCAGGAAUUCUCCAAGCCAAAACUCAAAUGUCAAUAGCUACAUGCAUGGAUAUCAGGGUUUCCAUACAAACCGGAAUGAGACAAACUUCUUAGGAGUAGAUUCUGAAACUGAUGGCCACAAUAUGAAUUCAAGAGGUUCUUCUUUCUAUGAAUUGCAGCAAGGAAUUGCUCCUGGACAAAAUAUAGCUCUAGAUAGUUCAGAACCAUCUGAUUCUCCUGUUAGUUUUGAUUUUAUGGGUGGCCAGCAACAAAUGAGUGGCCAACAACAAAUAAGUGGCCAGCAACAAAUGAGUAGCCAUAAUACCGGCACCUUGCAUCCUUAUUCUCGGCAGAACACAUUGAAUGAUAUGCACCUUUUGCAACAAGAAGUUAUGUUCAGGAAGAUGCAAGAAUUCCAGAGGCAGCAGCAAAUUCAGCAAGUAGAAGCAAGACAACAACAAAUUCAGCAAGUAGAAGCAAGGCAGCAGCAAAUUCAGCAUGUAGAAGCAAGGCAGCAAUUAAUGAGUCAGAUCCCAUUUGGUGGCAGACAAGCAUCCGGUAAUCAUUCACCUGCCAUCUCAAAUGGCAAUCCAAUUUCUCAAGUUAAUGAAGUACUGAAUCAUCAUUGGUCAGGUGAACUUGCUUCAGCUAAUGGAAAUUGGAUGCAUCGUGAUGCUGCAACUAUUCAAGGAUCCUCUAGUGGACAUAAAUUUUCUCCUGAACAAGGCCAGGCAUUGAACUUCAUGGGGCUGGUUCCUUCUCAUGUUGAUGAAUCACUUUACGGGGUUCCAAUUUCUAGUACAAGGAUUGAUUCAAACCAAGAUUCUCAGACCCCUCUUAAAAGUUCUGCACAUAAAAUGAUGACCUCAAGUAAUCACUUUCACAGUAAUAAAUUUUCUGGAUUCCAGGUGGAAAAUAGCAAUAGGGAUGAGAAUUCCAUUUAUAGACAUGAUGGUCGAGAGGAAAAUAUAUUUUCUCAUGCGUCUAGACGAAGUGUUGAAAAUGUUAAUGAAGUGGGCAUCCUUCAAAUGAAUGCAUUUUUGUCCAAUGCGCAUGAAAGACAGGAGCUAGCUGAUUCUGCAAAAACAUUACAAGAGAAAGUGGUAUUGCAGUCCACUUCCCAUACACCAGAUGGUCUGGAUCCUGCUGAAGAAAGAAUAUUGUAUGGCGAUGGUAAUAUAUGGGAUGCAUUAGGAGACGGCCCCAGUGCUGAAGGAUCUAGUUUGUUACAUGGCACAGGAUUCUCAAACGCCCUUCCAUCUCUCCAAAGUGGGAGUUGGAGUGCCUUGAUGCAGUCUGCCGUUGCAGAAACCUCCAGCAGUGAUGGAGGGUUUCGGGAAGAAACUAAUGGUCCACAUUUUCAGUAUCCUGAGCUUCGAAAUGGUAACAACCAAAUAUUUGAAGCUAAUGCUAAGCAGGAAAGUAUAUUAGGAUCUCAGCAAUCUGUAUCUAGGAUGUCAUAUCAACAAGGCAACAAGCUUCAGGAUUCUUCCAAUAAUUCUGUCAAACACUCAUAUGGAGAAAGAAACGAAUCUUUAAAUGGCAUCUCUUUACAAAAAGCAGUUGCCGAGGAAAGCCAGGUUUAUGGAAAUGCUGCUAAUUCUUUGCUCUCAGGGAUGGGUACGAAGAAUACCUCUAUGUCUUCUACUCUUCAAGAUUCCUACAUUGGCAUGGGACAACCUUCGUGUAAGCCAAAUGGUCGAGAUCUAAAUGAGUCCGGGCCUCUGAAUGGAGAUCUACUGCAAGUUCAUGGGAAAGCAUCUUCAUUGAAACUUCCAGAAAGUAAUGAUCAGACAAGGUCGAGGUACCAGGAAAUGGGUCAUCCUGGUGGUUUGUGGAGACCUAAUGCUAUUUCAAAUUCACAUGGAAGACUAGCCUCUAGUUCACAGGCUGGUGGAGGAAACACAAAGCUGAGUAACAUUGCUGGAAUGUCAAAUCCUGGUAAUUUGCAGGUCAAUCAAGAUAUUAACCAAACUCUUCCCCAUACUAAUAAUGUUGCUUACUGGAAGCAUGCUGAUUCAUCAAUGAGGAAGAAUGUGAAUGAAGCUCAAGUGAAAUCUAAUAGUGGUCCUAAUGAGAGCCCUCAAGUACUGGAAUCAUAUAACUCCAAUAAAGCUGGUAUUAAAGUUCAAGAGAAAGAGAAUGAUGGAGAAGAAAAUUCUUUUGAGGGAAAUCAGUCAAAUAAAUCUCACCAUACUUUUUCGGGUGGUUUGAAUGAUAUUGCCCGUUCAGAUGUUGAUUCUAGAGCUUUCUCUGGAGCCAAGCAAAAGAUGCCUGGUUCGGCAGGUAGAAAGCCUCCUGCCCGCAGGUUUCAGUACCAUCCCAUGGGAAAUUUGAAUGAUGAAAUGGAUCCUUCACAUGGAGGGGGGCAUGCUAGUCCACACACUGCAUCUGAGCAGAUUAGUCAAGGAUUCCUUGGUCAAAACCAAGGCCAUCGUGGGCAGUCGAGAGUGUCUGGUCAAGUCACUCAAAACAAUUUUGAGAUAGAUAAGGGGUAUUUGCCUACUGAUUCUCAAGGAAAAAGAAAAAGGGAGGAGAAGGGGACUUAUCCUGCUAGUUCACUCAAAAGUUCUGGUCCUAGUGUUCCCACUAGUAGUUCUUCUGCCCAAAAUAAGGCUCUCCAGUCGAGUCAACAUAUGCUUGAGCUUCUUCAGAAAGUGGAUCAGCCAAAAGAUAACUUGUUACAUUUGAGGUCUUCUCAAGUAAAGUCGUCUAGUACACCGGAAGAUGAAAUUUCUGAUGGAUCUGAAGGACACAUUCAGCAAAACACAUCGUUUGCUUCUCGAGGUUUUGGUUUGCAACUCGGACCGCCUUCACAGGGACUGCUACAACCCAAUGAAUUGGCUCCUCCUCAGGACCCUAGGAAGAUGGUCAGUUCGCUGAGUGCAACUCGUAUUACUCAAGAGGGAUAUGGACAGAAGCAGAUAGGUGGUUUGCUGAACCAGAUCAUACCUGGCAUCAACAGACGAGCGACAGCUUCAACUACAUCUUUAGAUGGUCAUGCCUUGCAAUUUAAGCGGAUUGAUGAGUCCAAUAGUAGAGUUCAUACUGAUGCAUCUUCAUCUGCGUCAUUUUCUCAUAAUGCUGGCAUGAUUUCACCUGAUAAUGCUCUCUCAUUGGCAGAUGCAUCUCAACCGACCAGAACCAGUCAUUCUCAUGAACAAUUCUUAUCUCAGGUUUCUGGAGGGAAUAUUUUGCCCACAAUUGGGUCUGUUGUCGCUUCAGGUCUAUCUAAACAAGCAGGCUUCCCAAAAUUAGUUCCUAAUGAAUGGGUCAACAUUCCACGGCCUAAUGCCCCAAGGGUUUUCCAGCCAGGUACACUCAGUGGUGAUGCAACACCAACUUCAUCUUCUUCACAGCAUAUGGAGGAGAAAGAUGCAGAAAAAGCAGGGAGGUGUCCAUCAAAUGUGAAUUCCCCAGGAUUGGUUCAAGAAGAGACACCAGUCCGAGAAAGGGUUGAUCAGCGAGCUGGGUCUGUUGACAGUGAUCUGACCGGAAAGGUAACUGCAGCUCAAGUGAAAGAAGUUGGAGCUUUUUUGCAUUCUGGUUCUAAUCAGAGAGAUAUUGAAGCAUUUGGCCGCUCUUUGAUAAGUCAGAAUUAUUCUUUACUUCAUCAAGUUAAGGCCAUGAAGAAUCCAGAGAUGAACUUGUGUGACGGAGAUUUGAACAGAUUGAAAAUGACAGACAAUGCCUUGACCCCCCAGAAGAUGGCUCAAUUUAGUGAAUUAAGUACAUCCACAGUUGAUAGAUUGAAUCCUAAUGCAGUUACAUCCAAUGAUUCUAAAAUGCUAAAAUUUUCAGGUCCAAUGGAUAAAGGGGAGAGAAAUGUACCUUCUCAGGCUGAGCUUGGGCUUGACUCAAGGAUUCCUGAUAAUUGCUAUCAGAUUAAUCCUCAGAUGGCACCUUCCUGGUUUAAUAAGUUUGGAACAAUGAAUAAUGGACAGAUAUUACCUGCCCAUGAUGAUGCUCGAAACACAAGUACCUUGAAGACACCGGAUCAGGCAAUAACUCUUGGGAUGUCCUACAGUAUGCAUUCACCGCUUCUAUCCAAACAAGUCGAUUCCAUGGCUGAGCCUAGUCAGGUUGUCAAUAUCUUGGGAAGUUCAGCAAGCGAUUCUCUUCCUACUGAAUCGUCUUUGCAAAUGUUGCCCCAAGGUAUUAUUGAUACACCUUUGCCUGUUGUGAGACAAAAGAAACGGAAGACUGCCACAUCAGAGCUUCUUCCUUGGCACAAGGAAUUAAGUCAGGGUCCUCAAAACAUACCUUCUAUAAGUAUGGCGGAACACAAAUGGGCUAAAGCAUUAAACCGUUUGAUAGACAAGAUGGAUGAUGAUGCUGAAAAUGAAGAUGGUCGAGGCACAAAAAGGCCUAAAAGACGAAUUAUCUUGACUACCCAGCUCAUGCAGCAAAUAUUCAGCCCUCCCUCAGCUGUUCAUCUAUCUGCAGAUGCCAGUUCAAGCUACGACAGUGUUGGUUACUCUGUAGCUCGUUUAACACUAGGGGAUGCUUGCAGCUUAUCAUGCUUAGGAAGUGAUGUUGACACAGCACAUACCAAUGAAAGCAUCUUGUUGGAUAAGCUCAAGAGAAGGAACAGGGAGCAUCUAUCAACGGCCAUUGAAGUCUUCCUUAAUAGAGCACAGAAACUGGAAAUCGAAUUCACAAGAUUGGACAAGAGAGUGUCAGUAUUGGAUUCAAGACUAGAAUGCCAAGAUCUGGAGAAGUUUUCAGUAAUAAAUCGUUUUGCGAAGUUUCAUAACCGAGGACAAUCAUCUGAUGGAGGGACGGAUGGAAGCAACUCUCAGCAGAGACUUUACCCACAAAGAUAUGUUACUGCACUCCCAAUGCCAUCCAAUGUCCCUGAUAGGGUACAAUGCCUGUCACUUUAAUGAUCGUCAUCAUGGUUAUUAUAAUUUAUUAUUAAAUUCAAUUUGUUCCCUUUGGUUUCCCUAUAAUAGCCUUGAUUUGUCAUGGGUUGAUUAUCUGAUAUGAGGCUAUCUAAGGUGUCUUCGUCUAUUCUCUAGGGGUCAAAUGGUCAUUAUUCUUUAGAAGUAGUACAUUUGAAAGGUAUCUGGAUAGUAAGUACACCCCCUAUCAUUUUUUGGAGUAUUUUUUGGGGAAAAAUUAUUAGAGAAGUUAUAUGUGGAUAGAUAUAUCAGUUGGUUCUCAAAUGUGCUGUAAAUUCACUAUAUACCCCUAUUUACCAAGUGUAUGAAUUGCCAAAUUACGUAUAUUUUGAGUCAAGAUUUUAUCCUCUU